UUGCUGUAUGUGAGCAGUGUUGCUAUAUACUGUAUGUUUACAGUUUGUACAGUACGUGACAAAAUCAACAAGAGCUUUGGUAACAAAUUUAGUCAAAGAUCACCAAAAAAAAAAAGAGGCUUCAGAAGGCUAGUCAUCACAACUAGAACUGGAAGAGAGGAUGACUGCUAGAUCCUGCAUUAAACAGGGGGCGGACUGACCUAUUGGAAACUCGGGCACUGCCGAGGCCCCGGGGUCAGUAGGGGGCCCCAUGAGAUGCCCCUGGUACCUUUUUUAUAGGCUUUUUUGAGUUUGGGCAAGGAUACAGGGGCCCCAUGAUCCCCUAUUGCCCGGGGGCCCCAU